UUCGGUCGCACGACGCUACUUCCACUUGUCACGAAGCGCUUCUGUGUUGAGUAAAUCACGGCGUGGCGGAACCAUUUGCUGUUGAUGUCCCAGGCAGGCGCGCAACGUCCAAUGGAACCGCUCCACUUUGUCCAGGACAACACAGAGAAGCGUGCAGUGUGACACCCUCGAGUGGUAGCAUUCACUGACGAGUCCGACCUCCCAAUCCGCUCUCCACCGCUGACUCGCACCUUCACCGAAGGCAAGCACAUAUAUGGCCUGAAAGUAGUGCUGCCUUCAUGCGGCCGCUUCACGCAGGCACAGCGCAGGCCUUACUUGCCACGUAUUCACUCCCAGACAUAUAUGUACCCGGCGAAGGCAAUGCUCCAUCAAGCGUUGCAUGCACUGCAUCACUGGCAUCACCAACGGCAUCUACUACGGACCCGCUGGCUGCCCUUAUACUGCGUGCGGGAAUUGCUUCGAUCAGAGCGGACGCUUACAACGCAGUGCUGACCGCAAUCACGCCGGGUCCCUCUACCUAACUCAAGGCGCCCAGCAGAAGAUGGUGUCUAUGUACGAAGGCCGGGAAGAGAUCACAGUGGCUACGACGUGCCUGCUCGAGCACGGCUGGACGCAGGACGAGAUAAAUGCUGUCUUGGCCUCGGCGGCUGAGUAUGGUUCUUCUUCUUCUUCAUUUUGACCGGUGUCGGGUCGCGCGGCCACUGUGAACGGGAACGCCGUGGAGCCGAGGGAAGUAGUGAAGGAGGAGGCGAAGAAAGGGAAGGCAGUGGUGGGAAGGGGACAAGGCAGACAGGGCUGCCGGUAAAGCUGAUGUAAGAGAUGCGGAUCGUGAGUUGUGGAAUCGCAGAAGACAGGAAGCAUGAGAGUAUUCGGCAGCUUAUGUUGGUCCCAGCGGACGAGAACACGAGGACGUGGGUCGAGAUUCGUAAUGUGAUUUC